UCCCGAACAGCGCCCGGGCAGAGUGAAAGAUGAUGUCGAUCACCCGGUCGCCAUGCCGAAUUAGUUUCUGAUUUUCAUCCAAUCUGUGCUCCUUUGCGUCAGUACCUUAUGAAUUCUGAUUCUGGCACCUCCAUGGCUUUUCGCCUCGCCUGUUGUUUAAAUUUCAGGCUCGUCUCCGCGGACCAUGAUCCCGGAGCUCUUUCUGCUGGCCAUCGAUAUUUCUGAAGAAGACAUUCGCACCAUGGCAUGAAGUAUUCGGACAAUCACUCUGAAGCUUAUUAACACCUUACCUUGGUUAAUCCUCCAAAUUAUCUACCAUCCUAGGGACCAUUGAAUCCCAUUGCUCUUUUCCCCCACUAUCCGCGCCCGUCCGACCCACUCACCCACCAGGAGCGGGCCGAGCGGCAGCUAGACGCCAGCUACCUACACGGUACCCCCCCACUGUCAUGAACGAUAUGACCGAAAAGAAAGGUGAAAUGGCCGUCUCAACUUCCCCAAUUCCGCCCGUCGAAAAUGACGCCGCCGCGGUCAACGAGUCGGCGGCGUCCACCGUGACUUCCCAGUCAGUGGUACUAGACGCCGAGAAAGAAGAGGACGUGCAUCCCGACGCCGCCGUCGCCGCGGGCCCACCACCUCUCCCCUACAACCUCCGCGACCACAAACUAACCAUCACGCUCUUCUGGUUCCUCAUCCUAACGGAAUGCACCCUGAUCCCCAUCAUCUUCUACUUCACCAUCGCCAACCUGACCGACAUGCGCCCGGGCGCCAUGUUCGCCAUCAUCACCGCCAUGUUCGGCUUCAUCUCCGGCGGCGAGUACGGCCUGCGCGGCCUGCGCCUCGCCCAGAAGAGCGACACCUACCGCCCGCUGAAAAACCCCGGUCGCUGGCACUUCGACAGCACCCACCUCGUCCUCGGCCAGCCGUACUUCGCCAUGACGGCCCUCAUGAUCGGCUUCAGCAUCCCCGACCCGCCCGUCAUGCGGGGUCUCAGCAUCAUCAUGCCGGUCGGGAUGGUCAUGGUCGCGGUGUACAUGAUGUACACGGGUGUUGCGCACCAUCUGGGGUGGCGGCUGCGACGCCAUCGGCUGAGUUCGCAUGUCGUCGGGGACGUGUGCCCGCCGCUGACCUUCUGUAUCAUGGAGGAUAUUACGGGGUGUGAUGGCGGUGGGGGCAAGGCGUAUCGCGAGGCGGCGUUGGCGCGGUUCAAUGCGUCGCCUCGCUUCCGCCGGAUGCUUGUGCAGAUGCUGUGGGCUUGGUCCGUCAGCGCGCUGGUGGUCGGGGUUGCGUUGAUCGUGUUGGCUUGGACGAUAGACGAAGAGGUGGCGUAUACCUUGGGCUGGGCCGUCCCGUCGGUUUGGGGUGCUAUCGGCGCUUUUGCCACCAUCCAGUGGGGUCAGAGGUGUCUGAGGAUAGAGAAGGAGAAUUGGAUGCAUGACCAAACAGCUCACGUCAGGACGGGAUAGAUUUCUUGGAGUUUGUGUUUUGUUUUGCCCCUUUCUUUACUUCGGUCGCGGUCGGGUAAGGUACGCACAUACACGAGAUACCCAACGGAAUGAAGCAGGAUUUUAUAUGAUUGAAUUCGACCUU